CAAUCCGGAGCGGUUCAGCCCCCCUACCCUCCCUAUAUAAUAAACACACUGCUAAUCUAACGGGAACACACACACACACUUAUCUCCGGCUGCACUGCAUCAUGGCUCUGAAUCUCAACAUCGACCUCGACAAAAUUCCCACCACCGGAGCCGGAUCGGGCACGUCCAAACAGCUCUGGAACAGUUCCUUAACAGGCGUGGAGGCGUCCUGCGCGUUGGCGCAGGAAGACGUAGAGCGGAUGAAGAGUUACAAGAACUCAAUCCUCAGCGUCGGACGAGAUACGGGAAUCGACCCGGCCAUCAUCGCCGCCAUCAUCUCCCGAGAAACCAGAGCCGGACACUUCCUCCAGGCAGACGGGUGGAACAGCGAACACAAGGCGUUCGGGAUCAUGCAGGUGCACAGGGAUAACCAUCCUCGAGGAGGGAAGGACAGUGAGGAGCACAUGGUUCAGGCCGUUGGUCUCCUCAAGAGCUUCAUCCAGAGCAUGAACAGCUCCUGGAGCCCUGAACUCCGAUAUAAAGGAGGAAUCGCAGCGUAUAACUGCGGACCCGGAGACGUCUCCUCUCAGGAAGUGGAUCAGAACACCGAGGGAGGAGAUUACUCCAGCGACGUCGUCGCCCGAGCCCAGUGGUACAAAAAAAUCAACUUCUUCUGAACCAGAACCGCCCUGCUCACGAUCCAGAUCACACUCACUCUGUUCACACUGAAUCUAAUAAAGCUUUCCCUGCAUUCACACUUACUGUCCUUCUCCUAAACAAAUCUUAUAAAACACUGUACCAAUCUAUAUAUACUGUAUUACAGCUGUACAAUCCACACUGUGCUCAUGUGACACAAUAAUUAUUAAUAAACCUACAAUAUUUUAA